CCAGGAACCUGAACUAUCAGAUCCAAUUCGAGAAGAGAAGGCAGGACACUGCACAAUUCUGCGCACAGUUUACAGACGUAUUUCAGAAGUUUUGUAAAACUGCAGAAAUGAAGACAACACUGGCAACUCUAACUCUCUGCCUGGUGGUGCUCAUGGCCACAAGUUUCCCGGUGGAGAGGAAAAGAGCCUCAAGCUCUGGUGGUGCUACCAAGGAGAAGCGUGUCCAGUAUGCAGCAUGGGAUGAUGUUAACGUCCUUGCCCACGGUCUCCUGCAACUGGGCCAGGGGCUGAAGGAGCAUGUGGACAAAACUAAAGUCCAGAUGAGGGACCUGUCAAGCAAACUGAAAGUCUUCAAUCGCACUGUGAGCGAACUGGGGAAGGAAAGCCAGAGGCUGCAAGCAGAGGGGGAGGUUUUGAAAGCUCGGGCCCAGGGACUGGAAGACAGAGAGGGGCAGGUGCUGAAUGUCACGGCCGAGCUGAGGGACAAGGCAGAGGAGAUGCAGCAGGAGAGAAGGACAAUGAGUGAAAGACUCAGCCGCCUGGAGGAGAAGGUAGACGGCAUGUUGCAGGGAGAUGGAGGGACGUCUGACAUGAAUGCUGGUGCCAAGAACAGCAGUGAUGCUCACAACAUCCAGCUCAUGCUGGAGGCCCAGAACAGACGAAUUGAUGAUCUGAUGGAGCGCAUCAGACUUCAGCAGGAUAAGCUUGACAAACAGAACGUGCGCAUCAGGACCCUGCAGAGUGAAAUCCAGCAGUCAAGACAGAAAGCCUCCCAGCGGAGCAGCAACUCCGAGAGUUCUUUGCAGAGUGGUGUCGCGGAGCAGCGCGACUCGCCGGCCGAGACGGCAUCGGACUGCCACGAGCUGUUCAUGAGAGGAGAGACCACCAGUGGUGUGUACACCAUCCAGCCAGCAAACUCAGAGCCCUUUGAAGUCUUCUGUGAGAUGACAGCUGACGGCGGAUGGACAGUGAUUCAGAGGCGCCAAGAUGGUUCAGUGGACUUUGACCAGCUGUGGGAAGCCUACGAGAAAGGCUUCGGCAGUCUGAAUGGAGAGUUCUGGUUAGGUUUAGAGAAGAUUUACUCUAUUGCCAAAGAUGGCAGCUACAUCCUCAACAUCAAGCUCUCUGACUGGGUGGAUGACCUUGCAACCGUCCGUCUCCCGUUCCAACUGGGCGGAGAGGAAACCAAAUAUUCCCUCCAGAUUCAGAAGGGUGGCACUUUCAGUGACCUCGAGAGCUCCCUGGCCACUGACACCGCCUCUGGUCUGCCUUUCUCCACCCGUGACCAGGACAAUGACCAGAAAAGUGACACCAACUGUGCCAAGCACCUCUCUGGUGGUUGGUGGUUCAGUAACUGUGGGCGCUCCAACUUGAAUGGCAGAUAUUUCCAGAGUCCUCCUCCCAAGCAGCGGCACCAGAGAAAGCAAAGCAUCUUCUGGAAGACUUGGAGAGGCCGUUACUACCCUUUGAAGUCCAGUAUGAUGAUGAUUGCUCCCGCUGCAAUCGAGAGCAAGUCAUAAAAAAACGGACGAGGCAAAAACAAGAAGGGUUGUAAGAAGCAGGACUAUUGGUUGAUGAGGUAGAGCUUGCCACUUCCUUGGUUAUCUCCCUUUAGGGACUUAAUCCGAGAGCUACAGCCCUCAAAAUCAGGACUGUUCUCCAGAGAAGAUGAGCAGAUUCCUUCCUGGCAUUGAUGGCCACAGAAGAGACAAAGCUAAAAUGUGCAAUGGAAUUUUUAAAAAAAAAAAUUAAUAUGUCGUAGCAUUGCACAGUUUCUUUCUGCUGGUUUGAAGCAGGUGCUCCUAUUCAACAGGACGUCCCAUCACAGCGUGUCCCAGCCUGUCCAGUGAGCUGUAAGUAAAGAAGCUUUUCCAACAAGUCCAGACUCCUCAUCACAUGUGAGGUGUCAGCUGUGUAUGCGGCCUGUUGAUGAGUUUGAAUGUAGCAAGGACUGUCAGAUUUUUUUUUAAAAAAAAGGAAAGAAAAAAAACAUGCAGCAUGCAUCAAGCAAGCCUUUUAAACCCAAUGGUGCAGACCGAAUGGAGACUUAAUUAAAACAAACAGUCAUUUUCUACGUGAACAUGACGACAGAAGCAUUGUGUAAAGUUGUACUUCACUGUAAACUAGAUGCAGAAACACUGUUCCAGCCUUUUGUACCACAUACUGCACGUUCUGCCUGCAAAUUUGAAUCAGUCGAAAACUAAUCUUAACUGAGUUGUUUUGAUUUUCCUGUGGAGAUGUUGUUGAUAAUAAGUCAUAUUGACUACUUUUAAGACGAGUUUUUGUAAGUAGUAUUUGAAGAACUGUGGACUGUUUUCAGCACUAUAACUGUUACUGUUGUCCAGUGAUAUUAUCUGUGUCCUUAAGACUUGAGAGCUACUGUAGAUGUUUCUUUUUCUUAUUUAAAUGUUGUAAAAAAAAUCACCUGAUAAAUGUAUAUAUAUAUCUAUCUGUAUCUGCUGUUUGUAAUUUAUGUUCUGUUUUUUUUAAGAGAAAGAUUUGGGGCCAUAAAGAGCCAAUAAAACUGAUUGAAACCAAUA